GGCUGAGCCGGGGGUGGGCUCGAGGCCGAGGCGCCCGUGGCCGUGGCCGUAGCCGUGGCCGAGCGUCGCUGCCGCCUGCCUCGGCCGGGCCGGGCCAUGCCCGCGUGAGGACUGCGGAGCCACCCCGGGCCCACCGGGCCGCCGCGCUACCAUGGGCUCCAUCCUGAGCCGCCGCAUCGCUGGCGUGGAGGACAUCGACAUCCAGGCCAACUCGGCCUAUCGCUACCCGCCCAAGUCCGGAAACUACUUUGCUUCACACUUUUUCAUGGGGGGCGAGAAAUUUGACACCCCCCACCCAGAAGGUUACCUCUUCGGAGAGAACAUGGACCUGAACUUCCUGGGCAGCCGCCCUGUCCAGUUCCCUUAUGUCACGCCUGCGCCCCAUGAACCUGUGAAGACACUGAGGAGCCUGGUGAACAUCCGCAAAGACUCCCUCCGGCUUGUGAGGUACAAGGACGGCAGUGACAGCCCCUGUGAGGACAGCGACAGGCCCAGGGCGCUCUACAGCCUAGAGUUCACCUUUGAUGCAGACGCACGCGUGGCCAUCACUGUGUACUGCCAGGCAGCCGAGGAGGUCCUCAACGGCUCGGCUGUGUACAGUCCCCGGAGCCCCACUCUGCGCUCAGAGACCGUCCACUACAAGAGGGGCGUGGGCCAGCACUUCUCUCUGCCAUCCUUCAAGAUUGACUUCUCCGAAUGGAAGGACGAAGAGUUGAACUUUGACCUGGACCGGGGUGUGUUCCCAGUGGUCAUCCAGGCUGUGGUGGAUGAGGGCGAUGUGGUGGAGGUGACUGGCCAUGCCCACGUACUUUUGGCUGCCUUUGAAAAGCAUGUCGACGGCAGCUUCUCCGUGAAGCCCCUGAAGCAGAAGCAGAUUGUUGAUCGGGUGAGCUACUUGCUGCAGGAGAUCUACGGCAUCGAGAACAAGAACAGCCAGGAAACCAAGCCCACGGACGAAGAGAACAGUGACAACAGCAGCGAGUGCGUGGUCUGCCUGUCGGACCUGCGCGACACCCUCAUCCUGCCCUGCCGCCACCUCUGCUUGUGCAACUCGUGCGCCGACACGCUGCGCUACCAGGCCAGCAGCUGCCCCAUCUGCCGCUUGCCUUUCCGGGCGCUUCUGCAGAUCCGGGCUGUGCGAAAAAAGCCUGGGGCGCUGUCUCCUGUCUCCUUCAGCCCCGUGCUGGCUCAGAGCAUGGAGCACGAGGAGCACACGUGUCCCCUUAAAAAAUCAAAGUCGCACCCCGCCUCCCUGGCCAGCAAGAAACCUAAAAGGGAAACAAGCCCCGACAGUGUUCCACCUGGCUACGAGCCCAUCUCCCUGCUCGAGGCACUCAACGGCCUGCGGGCUGUCUCCCCCGCCUUGCCAUCAGCCCCCCUCUAUGAAGAGGUCACUUCCUCGGCUGGUUCUGAUGGCCUGUCCCAGGCCAGCUGUCCCCACACGGGGCUAGAGCGCCUGGUGGAGAGCAGCCUGCAGACGGCACCAAGGACCACAUCCCCGGACAGCACCCUGCACUCCCCUGCUUCCCCCAUCCAUGAGGACCAGGAGCCGCUCUCCCAGGACUCGCAAGCACCCCCUGCUAUGAGCAGCUCCUCGGAGAGUUUCAUGAUAGAGGAAGCUGAGGAGACAUCAUCCCCCAAGCAAGGGACUCGAGCCCCUUCCUUCGAGAAUGUGCUGCAGGACAGCCCAGAGCAACACAGCUGUGCCCAGCCCUCUGACAUCUGCCUGCCAGGCUGGCCCACCUCUCUGGACAUGCCCCGCAGCCUCCGUGCCACCACCACCUCCCGGCCUCCUGAUCUGGGCAGCUCCAGUCCUGAGCCCGGGGCCACCACCGAGUUAACCCCGCUCUGAGCCCUCGGUUCCCCACUCUCCAGGGGCCCCCGCUUCUCCAAGGAUCUCAAGUGCAACCACAGCCCCACAGCCCCCUCCAGGUGGCCGGUGUCUUUGGCUGCAAGCCACUUUGAACCCUGUCUCCCAAGGAUUUACAGGUGGCACACGGCACCCUAAGGACUCCGCAGAAGACAACGGGGGGGGGGGGGGCAGUGGUGAUCACGGUUACUGGUGUGAUGCCCUCCUCUAUCUACCUUACUUGAGGCCUCUUCUCGCCAUUGCGGCCUGACCCUGUUAUAGGCCCCCCACUCCAGCCUUGGCACCCGAAACUGCCCUUCUGAGGUGGCAAGUCUGAGCUCAGUGCCCCCAGCCCCUUUGUCCUGGAAACACACUCCCAUGUCUCUGGUUUGUGCCAUCAGGGGGACUAAUGGCGUCCAGCCCAGCUGACAUGGCCUCCCCAUUCUCAAACCUGACCAGAAAGGCCUUGGGUGCUUUCGUGCCCACACUUUGCACCUGGUACUGGGGACUAGUACAUCUGCCCAGGCCUGUACCCCAUGGCUCUGAGGCUAUCCUAGGAGAAUUCUGCCAGUACUAUCCACUGCCCAAUAGGGCUUGCUGCACCUGUGCCCCAGGCUGGUCCUCUCCCUCCAGCCAGGGUCCUUGAUCCGGUUCCCUUUCACAGGGAUGGGGGAUGGCCUCUGGCCUGCUGGUACUUCACGGGCUGUCGCUGACUUUUCUGAUUGGCUGGUUUGGGUCCGUUUUUACUGUACAUUUGUAGUCAUAAAAUUCUGCAGCCAC